AUGGCCUCAGACACCAUUGCAACCGCCUUGCAAGCUGAGGACCACGAGCUGGGCAAGGUGGAAAGGCUUAGGCAGAGGACACUUGGAAAUGUCCGACUCCGUCACCAUGAGACUAACGAAAUCAUUCUCGUCCCCACACCUUCCAGUGACCCCAACGACCCCCUGAACUGGCCACAGUGGUACAAGAAGUGCAUCGCUGUGCUCAUAUGUCUCGCCAUGCUCUGGUGCAACUUCCUGGCGGCCGGUCCCACGGUCGCCAUCGUCGAGACCACGCUGAGCUUCUUCCCCGACGCGACGCCCACGAGCGACCCCGCGCAGUUCAACAAGAACAUAUCCAAGGUCUCGUACUUUUUCACCACGACGGCGCUCCUUCAGGGCUUGGGCAACUUCUUCUGGGUCCCCUUCGCCAACAAGUAUGGCCGUCGGCCCGCCUACGUCUUCAGCUACACCCUCUACCUCGGCUGCGCGAUAUGGGCCAUCUUCGACCGGUCGUUUGGCGGGUUCCUGGCAGCACGCAUCCUCAUGGGCCUGGGCGCCGGCGCGGCAGAGACGAUUGCGCCCGUCACCAUCUCGGACGUCUUUUUCCUGCACGAGCGCGGUGCCAUCAUGGCCCUCUACACGUCUUUCCUCUCGGUCGGCGUCGCAUUCGGCAUCGUCAUCUCCGGCUUGAUCACCAUCAACCACAGCUGGGGCGUCAUCUAUGAGGUCGCCGCCGCCUUCAUAGGCCUGAUGCUCGUCCUGGCCUUCUUCGCCUUCCCCGAGACAGCCUACAGGCGCGAGGAGAGGCUCAUCGAGGAGGCCCAGGCCCGCGAACAACAACACCACACAACAGCAGCAGCAGAAGCAGCAGCAACAGAGACGCACUCUCAACACGCCCACGAUCCAACCGCCAGCUCAUCCGAGAAGACACCCACAGAAGAGAACGCCUUCGACACAGACGUGGAGCAGCCCUCUACACGCGUCGUCUCUCCCUCUUCCCUUCCCCACCACCGCACCCCUUACCUGCAGCGCCUGCGCCUCUUCAGCGGCACCUACACCUCAGAGCCCCUCUACAAGAUCUUCCUCCGGCCCCUGGGCCUCAUCUGCCUCCCGCCCGUGCUGUGGUCCGCCCUCGUGCAGUCCGUCACCGUUGGCUUCGUAGUCGCCGUCACCUCCAAUGUGGAUACCGCCUUCGAGGCCACCUACGGCUUUGCCUCAUGGCAGGUCGGCCUAUGUUUCAUCUCUGCCGUCAUCGGGUCCAUCAUCGGUGUGCCUGCCGGCGGGAUUUUGGGGGACCGCGUUGCCGACUAUUUCACAAGGCGCAACGGCGGCAUUCGCGAGCCCGAGAUGAGGUUGCCUGCUAUGAUCCCCAGCCUGCUCUCAACGCCGCUGGCCCUGGUCUUGUAUGGUGUUGGGGUGCAGAAGAAGCUGCACUGGAUCUGUCCUACGAUUGGACUGGGUCUUUUAAUGAACUUCUCCAUCGUCCAAGGGACCAACAUUUGUCUGGUCUACGUGAUUGAUGCGUAUCGGCCUGUAGCAGGAGAAAUUACACUGGCAGUGAUGGGAUUCAAAUCCCUGUUCGGUUUCCUCCUCUCCUUCUACACCAACCCCUGGGUCGACGAGGCAGGCUACGCAGAUGCCUACGGCGCCAUGGCUGGUAUAGCGGCCGCCAUCAUCAUUCUCUGGGUGCCGCUCUAUAUCUGGGGUAGGGGGAUUCGUCAUGUUACGUGGAAGUGGCCUAUCAUCUCGUCCAUUCACUGGGAUGAUGACCGGGAGGUAGGCGAGUAG